UCUCCCAAAGCUCGAGCAAAUCAGUUACCUGUUAUUCAGGCCGUUAUGAACCCACUUGGGUCCUUCAGUCAUCGGCCUUCCAGAAUGACGUACUGCGUACCUGGCAACAGGUGAAGGGAGGAAUGGAAGAGGCAGAGGUGUUGGGGCCCGGCCUGCCACAGAAGGCACCCGGAGGGAUGUUUGUAAGGCGGCCUGAAGAGGAGGGCUGUCGGGCCCGGGGUUGGUGGUGGAAGGAGGGCUUCCUGGAGGAGGUGAGUGAGGGUGAGCCGAGCCAAGCCCUGGGGGGAAGGGCGCCCCAGCUGAGCAGAGGCUUAGAGAAGCCCAGGGGCCGAGGUGGGGGCCUCAGGGAAGGCCAAGGGGCUGUGGCUCUCGGUGGGUCAGACUCGGUGUGGGGGCGGCGCAGACACGAGCGGGAAGGGAGAGCGGUGGGGGGCGACGACCAGACGCAAGCAUCCGGAGCCGGCUCUGUCCCCGAACCCCCCAUCAUUUCCGCACGCCUGAAACGGGCCGGGUCAACCAGCUCCCUGUCUGCAAGCUCUGAGCGUCCGAGGGAAAGACACUUGUCUGUGGGCUUUCGUCUUGGUUUUAGACACACCCCUGGCGUGGGACUUCCGACACGAGCCCCAGAAAAGAGGGGGGCUGCUCGUCCACUGGGGCGGGAAGGGGACAUUUUCCGUGCGCCACGUAUUGGGUCUGGUCCGUGCCCAGUGGGGUUCGUGGGGUUCGGGCCAAAGAGCAAACGCGCGGGUCCACACGGGGCCCAGAGCGCAGGCAUCUGCGGACCCGGCGUGCGUGUUUUCGGCUUCGCGGGCCGCCAGCGGCGCUGCGGCGGGGACAGCAGCCACCACGGGAGGGUGCCCGCGCGCCAGGAAAACGCGGGGGGCGGAAGCCCGCAGGGGGCUGGAUUCCCUGGAGCCUGCCCCGGGCCAGCCCCGGAACGGACGGUUCUGGAGUCGUGAACUUUCUGUGUCCUCGUCCGUCUGAAGACGGCUCCGUGUCGGUGCGCUGGGUGCUCGCUUGGGCAGGGGAGCGGUUUAGGCGGUCAGCUGUGUCCCCCUCACUGUUCGGGGAUGUCGUUCUCCCCCGAGGUCAGUACCACGGCCUGGACGUGUCCCUGAGACCGUGGCUGUGCUGCGGCAGCGGGUCCUCCGGUCUCUGUGGUGCCGUCAGGACCUCUCCCUCCGCUUGGUGACUCGCGUCCGGGUGGGGAUCUCCGUUCCUCCGGCUUAGACCGGUGGGUGCUCCGCGGCAGGACCUCCCGCCCGAGGGUCCUCACCCCCCAAACCCUCCUUUCACAGCUCUCCCCCCACCACUACCCCGCCCCGCUCCGGUUUUCCGGGGGCCCAGGAAGUGCUCGUCUGGAGUCCACGUUUGCUCUGUGUCUCCCAUCCCUGCACACCUGUUUCCUUCCUUCUCUCGUCCCCUCCCUCCCC